GUAAAUACGCAAAACCUGCUUGUUUGUCACGGUCAUUUCACUAGCCAAGGGUUGAAGAGAAGAUGACGUCGAGGUAGGUUGGCUGAGCUGACUGCAGAGAGGAACGAGGAACUUCCCACCAGGUUCGACAGCAUAAAAGAGCGUUCAAGAUACCCUACAGAGGACCCUUUAAAAGGACAUAUCUCAGUGCAGUGACAUCCAGCAGGACAGCCAGAGCCAGGACGGAGCCUGAGGAAGACCAGUAUACGCGCUUCCAAGAUGCCGCCAGCACACCAGACCGCAACACCUACAAAGGCAGCUCAGCCAAAGACGACUAAAGAAAAUUUAAAUACCCUAUGCAAACAAGGCCGUCACACCGAUGUCGGUGUCAAGUCUGCUCUGGAGCCGGUAUCUUUGAACCGCCUUUCAAAGGUGACAGCCACGGCCAAGUUCAAGGUUCUCAAGGCGAAGAGAGAACCAGUCAAGCCGACACAGCUAGAGAAGAUAUCACGGCCGGCCGCAUCUACAACUACUACAUACCAAGGCAGCCAGAAGAAACACCAGCAAGAACAACAGCAGCAACUGGAGGCUGCUAUUCCACGCUCGCCUUCCCCUGGUUGCGGAGCAUUGCCGGAUUGCUGGAGUUGCGGCACAGAGUUGGGCGACUGCCCCCCAUGCAGCUGCGAGGAGUGCGGCAUGCCCAAUUAACACGGCUCUUCAUUCCUCGCUCUUCCUCUGGCUUCCCUGGUUUGUUGUCCGUUUCUCCGGUUUUCCGUGGCUCUUUUCUAAUCUAGGAUACCUUCUUUCUUCCUUUCCUCCUCUUUUUUCCUUCGUCCGUGGACAUGAUGACAUAGCUAGCGUAGUAGCAGGGAGUCUAUAACUAUUCGGUUAUUACUUUACCCUGUUAUUAACACUUACAGCCAGCUAGUCAUGUUGUAUCCUGGACUGCCUUACUUGCCAGGAUUAUCCAACGGGCCUACUGACAUACGAGUGCGGGGAUGGACCCGACCUGGGGAUUAGCAAUAUUGCUAAUCAAUAUCUCUUCACCUCUUACCUUUCUCUUUAUUAUACUCUUCAUGUUUACUUUCACUGGCCAAAAAAGGCUUACGGGACCAAUCUUCUAGUUAUUGAUAUGGAGUCAAGUAAUUUUAUUACUUCAGGAAUGGGUGUGCAAGGCCUUCUCCCGAACCUCUUCCUAUCCGGCUUCUCGGCAUCCUUUCCCCAGGAUCGGGCUCGUAGAUGCCCAGGCCUGGAUGCUUGCUCUUUUUAGAAAACCCUUCCUCACUUGGUCAGGUGAGGGGCUCGCGACCUCAGGGAUAUGCCUGCAAACCCUAGAUGCAAACCCCAUUUCUUACGUGAAUCAUGCAUGAAUUAUCCUCGACUGAACGAUAUCAAGACUUCGGCAAGACUGUCCUAGACUUGCAACACAUGCACAGUGGUCCGAAUCAAGCGACCGCAUUUAUAAAUCACAGCGCCAUUCUUAAAUGACGAUAUCAACAUCUCCGUCUUUAUACAAAUCCAGCUAACGUAUUAAGGUCUAGUCAAGAAGCUGAAAGCCGUAUAGAAGGCCCUGAAUCGUCAGCAAAGUGGGCCAUGCCACCGUGGAUGGCACCAACCAUUUAAUCAACCAUGACUAUCGCACUUGUCUUAUCGCAGGAUUAGUUUUCUAUCAGUUAAUAUAUUCUUCAACACUUAUCGGAAUGGAUAUCGGAAUGCAAACAAUUUCAAUCUGGCCUACGACGUCAAACGUGACCAGCUUCCCCGGUUCUGCAGUGAGAACCUGUUGGGCACAGUACGGCUGCAGACUUAAACGGUAUCCGUAUCCUUGGUCUCUGGGGGAAGGGUUUCCUCUCUCAAGACGCCAUCUACUCUUCCAGGCAAGUAUCUCCGCAGCCUCCACACAGCCUCUCUUCACCAACAACCCCCAAGAUGAGUCUCUUUUCGUGGAAACCAGGGGUAAACCACACUAACCCCCCAUACUAGUCGACUAGCGUCUAACUCUGACAACCCGUACCUGCGAAAGGGGGAAAAGAGGGGGUCUGUCAAUGCAAGAAGGCUCAGUGUGGCUCCAAGCCACCCGUGCGAUGAUAGAGAACGCAAACGCAGAGAACCGGAAAGAAACUACCUGAACAACUUCCAUGCAUGAUUGGACAGUUGCCUUAUACCUUAAGUAUCAAAUUUCAUCCCAGCCAUCUGGGUUCUCCCUGGGAUCUCCAACGUCGAUCGAAAUGCUUCGUUUCCAAUCCUUGAGCAUCGCCUUGACCACAUCGCGAAGUCCUAAGAAAUUUGGACCUGCACUGCAGCCCACGAAAUAAUGGCGAUUAUCGUUGCCACACUAGGCUCGUUCAAGGAGGUCAACACAGAGUGUGAUCUCAAGACACAGGAAGAAACGAAAGUUAAAAAUGCCCACUUUUAUCCAUCCCGUCCAGCCACCAGUCAUCGUUGGGAGAGGGGAUCUGCGACAUUAGCCUCGCAGCUUAAAGUAUAACUCUCUGUUCCAGGCAGAAUACUUGCUUAUAUAUACGAAAAAGCUCAAAGUAUUUCACAUGCGGGGUGCGUCUAUCUGGACACCGCGCAAAAGCUAGAGUGACUCGAAUCAAUGCCAAUUUCAGGGCAGGCCGGACCAAGGGAUAACUAACUUA